AUGGCUCGUUCCAGCCGCCUGCCCUGGACGGUGGCAACGGCAAGCCUCAUACAGACGACUGCAGAGCCCUUGCUUCAUGCUGGGAUCUUUGAGGCCUACCCAGGCUAUGGCGGCAGCCUCUCUGUGGAGGGCUCUGUGAACAUCUCCGCCGUCAGCUCUGGCAUUCAAGUUGUUUCAUACGCCUUAGGCGGCUUGGAUGCUGAAUGCGGCUCGCGUAACCUUUCGCAGGUCCCGAAUGCUUGCGGAGUGCAUGUGCAUGAAGGCACCUCCUGCUCCAGCGCUGGAGGACACUUCUGGAAUUCGUCCUCGAUGACGGCCGAUCCGUGGGCUCUUGGUCCCGUUUACAAUGCCUCCGUGGAUGGCACGGCUGCUGGCACAGAGCCCAUUACAACCGGCUUCUCCUUGGGCAGCCUCCGUGACAAGGUUAUGGUUGUUCAUGAUUCCUCGGGUGGGCGCGUGGCCUGCGCAACAUUCCAAACGCACCACGACGGGGGCUGCUAUUCUGAAGAGGAGUGGAGGCGGCAGGCGUGGCUGAACUUCUCCGGAGCCUUCGAGCGAUGUGGGCCGAGCGCUGUCUGCAUCUCCGGGCAUGAGAGAUGCCAGGAUGCCUGUUCAGCGGAUGCACAGUGUGAACAGUUCCCGCUGAGAAUUUGCAGCAGCGACACUUCUCAGUGCGUGCACAAGCCCCUUUUCGGCCAUCCAGUCGGAGCGGAUCUUGGCGCGGCGUGCCUUUUCUUCCUCAUUAGCGGCCUAGCUCUAAGCGCCGGGAUUGGCGGCGGCGGCCUGUAUGUGCCGCUGCUCAUGAUCAUCCUCGGCUUUCAGGUCCAUGAAGCCACCGCGAUCUCGCAGCCUUGCCUGGCAGGAGGUGCCGCCAGCGCUUUGAUCUACAAUGUCCGCCAGCGGCAUCCAUCCGGGCUCAAGCCCAUGAUUGACUACGACCUCGUGUUGAUCAUGGGCCCGAACUUGCUGGUGGGAGCCAUGGUCGGUAGCUUUCUGAACUUCGCGCUGCCCUCCUGGUUGAUUCUUGGGAUGUUGGUGGCCAUCCUCUCCCAUUCGGUUUUCAAAACUUUCAAGAAGGCCCUGGAGACGUUACGGAAGGAGCGCGCGGGAGAAGUCCGUGGGUUGAAACCGAACAGUGAUGCCCGACUCUCCAAGAACCCCAUCGAGCGAUGCCUGAAGUUCGUGGGACUGAGCAAGCGCUACGCAGAGUUCGAGGACCCCGCAGCUUCGCUGCCCCCGGCCGUCGUCGGCCAUCGCACCGAAGUCGACGCAGGGCAGAUCAAGCUGGAUCUUCAGGACUCCCUAGAGAAGGAUCCCGAAGGUCAGAUCAUCGCCGCAAAGAUGACCCGGGAGCCGUCUCUGGACACAGCACAGACCCAGCAGAGUGCGCAGAGCCAGUUUUCGGAGCCCCAGUACCCGCGAAGCAAGCUCAUAGGCUUCCUCUUGAUGUGGCUGGUCUUGGUUUGCUCCAUCCUCUUUCGCGGCGGCCAUGCGGCUCCGGGCAUCGUGGAUGUAUGCUCGAGCAUGUACUGGGUCAUCGCUGCAGCCACUGCAGCGCAGCUUGUCAUCCUCAGCAUGUCCUCUUCCGCCAAUGCCAUUCGCAUGGAGGCGGAGCGAGUUCAUGCGGGCCGACCGCCGCAAGUGGAGGAUGCGAUCCCAUGGACGUUGCGAACCGCAGUAUACGUCUCCGUGUGGUCGCUCUUCGCGGGAAUGCUGGCAGCCCUUUGCGGCAUCGGCGGUGGCAUGAUCAUGGGCCCUAAGCUCCUGGACUUGGGAUGCCUGCCACAGGUCCAAAGUGCAACUACAGCAACAACACUCUUCGUCAUGUCGACGUCGACGACUAUCGCCUUCCUGGUUCAAGGCACAGCGCCCAUGGACUACUCGCUGUUUCUGGGGCUUGCCACCGCCAUGGGAGCUGUGGUGGGCAAGGCCGUGAUUGGCUGGGUGGUGAAGCGCACCCGCAGACCCUCGGUAAUCAUGUUUAUCCUGGGUGGCAUCAUUGCUACAUCAGUGGUUGUGAUGUCCGUGACAGGCUUCAUCGAUGUUGUGGACGACAUCAUACAGGGACGCGACCUGGGCUUCCGGGAUCCCUGCGUCGUGGCCUGA